AUGGCUACCUACCUACGGUUGGUAGUUCUCCUUCUUUUGACGAUCCACGUUUCGUCGUUCCUCUUCCCUAGCACCGGAGGCGGUGGCGGAGGCGGUGAGCAUUCAUCUUAAGACUGAUCUGAAUGAGUUCCCUUGUUCAGGCUGCGGCUGUGGCGGCGGAGGCGGCGGUGGCGGCUGUGGAGGCGGAUGUGCUCCACCACCAUCGCCAUGCGGAGGAGGAUGCGGAGGAGGAGGAGGCGGCGGCGGCGGCUGCGGCGGCGGAUGCGGAGGAGGAGGAGGUGGCGGAUGUGGCGGAGGAUGUGCUCCACCACCACCACCACCAUGCGGAGGAGGAUGCGGAGGCGGUGGCGGAGGAUGCGGAGGCGGUGGCGGAGGAUGCGGAGGCGGUGGCGGAGGAUGCGGAGGCGGAGGCGGAGGAUGCGGAGGCGGAGGCGGCGGAUGCGGAGGCGGUGGCGGAGGAUGCGGAGGCGGAGGCGGAGGAUGCGGAGGCGGUGGCGGAGGAGGAUGCGGUGGAGGAUCUAGCGGAGGAGGCGGAUACGCCAUCGCUCCAUCCGGAGGAGGAGGCUGUGGAGGUGGAGGAUCCAGCGGCGGAGGCGGAUACGCAGUUGCCCCAUCUGGAGGAGGAUGCGGAGGCGGCGGCGGUGGCGGCGGAGGAGGUGGAUACGCUGUCGCCCCAGCACCUUCCUACGCUAGCUCUGGAGGCGGUGGAUACCCAACCAGCGGAGGUGAGUUUACUGGAUAUCUGCAAAAGAUCAGAAGUAUUCUUCAGGAGGAGGAUACGCUAGCAGCGGAGGAGGAGGCGGCGGUGGAUACUCUACCGGAGGAGGUGCACUUACACCAAUUACAUUCCUUUAAUUUGUUUCAUUUAGGCGGAGGAUACGCCGGAGGUGGCAGCAGCGGAGGAUACGCCGGAGGUGGCAGCAGCGGAGGAUACGCCGGAGGAGCCAGCAGCGGAGGCGGAUACUCUGCUCCAGCUGCCCCACCACCACCACCACCACCGCCACCACCAGCACCAGCUCCAGCUCCAGUCGCGAGCGGAUACUCUGAACAAGCAAGUUCUGGUGGUUCUUCUUAUCCGGGACGCGCCAGAUUCUCGCGCUUCUUCAACAAGGCAUAA